AUGGAUGAAGACACUGCAAAAGAAGUCGAAGACCUCCAGAACACCCUGAAAGAUCUUGUAACCCGUAAACGCAAGAGAGAGGCCACUUUGGAGCACGAGAACGAACAACUCAAGGACGAGGAUCAGAAGCUCAGAACCACAAUUGAGCAGCUUGAGAGCGACUACCGCACAACCAAAGAGAUGCUCAGACCGCUCAGGCAGCGUUUGACAUCCUCCGCUCAAAAAUGCACCCAGGCCUACAUGGAAUUGACAGAAAUCAAGCGACGGAAUGACGAGCUUGAUACAGAUAACAAACGACUGAAGAAUGAGCGGGCGGAGCAAACUUUGUUGGUGGACUUCCUUGAGCACUGUAAAGAGAUUUCAGAGGAGGGAGCCACAAAGCAAACAGAAGCCAUGAAUGCUCACGCAGAAGAAAAUCGUCUGCUCGCAGUCAAGAAUCAGGGGCUUCAAAACGAAGUAGACAAGCUGCAACAGUAUAAGGUUGCCUCUAAGAAGGCUGUCUCGAAUUCACGAGAGAAGCUGCGCCUAGCGAUCGAUGCCGAAUUCAACCGCCUUGUAAGUUAUCACAUCAAGAGCCUUGAGGUCAUGUAA